CAUAUAUACAGGUAUAUCGCCGGUCUGUGUAUAUGCAAACAGUUAUAUGUACUCAAUAAUCGAGAGUACGACAGGUGCUUGGAAAACUUGCCCGCUAUCAUAGUAUGGAAGAUCGGGGCGACUUUGAAAAUUUGGUAGUCGGGUUUGAUAUGACGUACGUGUUAAUAAUGAAAUAGGAAGAUCCCGUUUAUGCUUGGGUGACCAGGCGUAGCGCUAUGAGUGUUCACUAAUACUGUGUCAUCAGGGACAAACGUUUCAAUAUAAUCUUUCAAGCUGAACGGAGGAAUAGCAGCAGUGACGACACAGACUAAAAAUAUACCUAUAACUCACGACAGUUUUUGGUUUUUUUAUUGUUUACCAGCUGAUAAAAGGAAUCGCCGACAAAAAUACGAUUUAAUAUAAAUCAUAACAGGAACCAGUGUACAUACAACUUGAACCAAAUUAUAUAUUUUACAGACAAUUUUUAAACGAAAAUAAUGAAAAGUGUUAUUAUUUUAUUAACAACGUUAUGUGUUUCUACAUUAGUUGCCGUUUCACCAGAAACUGCCCAUGUACGAAUUCUGCAUAAUUUCAUUGGCUGUUCUUUACCCGACGUUCUACCAAUACAGAUCACUAUAGCACAUGUAAAUAUAACAUCAGACUUACAGAGAAACUAUGACGUAUCACCUAAAGUCCGUGUAUAUACAAUUAAUCCUACAGAAAAUGGCAAUUCCGUGAUCGUACCAGAAGAGUCCCAAUUGUUAGACGAAAAUGUAGCAUAUCAAGAUGUAACUUCUUUAAUAGCAGUUCUUAUAAAGUGUUCAAAACUAGAAGAUGCAAAAACAGCUUUAGAGUUGGAGGGAUCUAUAAGGUAUAAUGGCAAAGAAUAUACGUUAAGAAAAUCUCAUCGAUUCCGACGCGACGUAGAUGAAAAUGAAGGAGAAGAAUAUAUUUUAAAUGAGCAACCAGAAUUACCUCCCCAAAAUCAUGAUUAUAAAGAAGGAAUAUAUUCAACAGAGACAAAACGUGAAGAAACAGUUGUAAUAGCACCUUCACGUGUUAAACGACAGUUAAAGGAAUAUUAUGUUGAUAUUAUUAUGACCAUAGAUUAUUCAAUAUAUAGAUAUUAUUAUUUAAAGAGUACAGCAACAAAUAAAGGAACUGAUGCUAUCAACAAGAUACGAUUGUAUUAUGCUAUUAUAGCUAACGGGAUGAGCCUACGAUAUAAAAAUUUAGUAGCUGAGUUUGGUAUAACUGUUCGACUUGUUGCUCUCGUAAUAUCCAAGACGUCAAAUACUGCAAGGUGGACAGAAACCAUACGAGAAGUCCACAGUCCACGUGAUCAGGUCGAUGCAGAUACCGUUUUAGAAGAUUUUAGGGAUUGGGUUGCCUCAUCAGAUAGUUUACCUCAAUAUGACCAUAACAUGUUAUUUACAAGGUAUGAUUUAUAUUCAAAACAGAACAAUAUAAAAUAUAACUCCACUGCAGGUUUAGCAUAUAUUGGUGCAGUCUGUCAGACCACAGGACAAGCUACAUCUGUUGUAGAAGAUGAAGGCGGUUACCAAUGUGUGGAAACGGCUACACACGAAUUGGGUCACAGUCUUGGUGCCAAACAUGAUGGUGUGACUAGUGGAUGUAAAGAUUCGGAUAGAUAUAUCAUGACAGCCGGUUCCUAUGAUCAUACUCCAACUACCCGAACAAACCCAUGGAAAUUCUCAACCUGUUCUGUUAGCUAUUUCAGAAACACGUUAAAAACUAUUGCAGCAACAAGCCGAGGACGACAAUGUUUAAGCUUAGCACUAGCCAGUAGUAAGAUACCUGAUGUAACCAAUAUUAUGCCAGGUCAAUUAUCAACACCUGAUCAAACUUGUCAACAUAUUUAUGGUUCCAGUUCUAGAAUGUGUAAAGGUUUAGAAUUCGGUAAUCUAACCGAUAUAUGUGUGUCGUUAUUUUGUUUGGAUCCUCAAUCUGACGGCUCGUGCAUUAAACAAGUUGCCCCAAGAGGAACGUCAUGCGGUAACAAUAAGUGGUGUAUAGAUGGAGUAUGUGUUUACGAUUUCAAAGCUCCAGCUCUAGACGAAUCUUGUCCAUUUGGUGACAUAACUGGUGUGGCAUUUAAUGGAGAAACAUGUCAACAAUUCGUCGAUGGUUACCCAGCUUAUUGUUAUCAAGCUCUGGUGAGAGGGCGCUGCUGUUCGUCUUGUAAAAAACAUUAUAUAGGUGUUUACGGUUGUGAAUAUGGCGAUAAAGGUUACGGUUGCCAAUCGAAUGGCUGUGGUCUCAGAACUACUAAAGGUGGUAAUUACAGCGAAGAAUGUUGUGGAACGUGUAACUAUAGAAUACCUGUUCCAUCAGCUACAACAGUACCAGUUACUACAGUGUCUACAACAACCAGUGCUCCUGUUUGCGCAGACGACAAGAAUGAUAUCUUUGGUGGAGCAAGUUGUGCAGUGGUCAUAGGACAUAGUCCAGAAAUGUGUUAUCUUUCUUCCGUGCGGGCUAGUUGUUGUUUAUCCUGCCAGAGAAUUAAAACCGUUAGUUCUUAUUGUCCUUACGGUGAUAAAAACAAAACAUGCCAGAUCGGAGAAUGUGGUUACAAACAAUCGAAUGGAAUCUACUACGAUAUAGAUUGCUGUGCAACAUGUAACUACACAGGAGGAGUUCCGGAUCCACCAUCCACAACAACACCACGUGCGACCACAACUACAGUUCGACCAACAACAACGACUAGAACAACCACGACAACGCGACCAACAACAACUACCAGAACAACCACGACAACUCGACCAACAACAACUACCAGGAGAACCACGACAACUCGACCAACAACUACCAGAACAACAACUACCAGAACAACAACAACUCGACCUACAACAACUACCAGAAAAAUCACGACAACUCUACCGACAACAACUGUCAAAACAACCACGACAACUCGACCAACAACACGUACAAGAACAACUACAACUAAGGGGACAACCGCAACCACCAAUCCAACGACAAUUCAAACCCCCAGAAUGCUUACAUCACGUACAUCCAGUACCGGUACCAUUACCACGACUAUGGCACCUUCGGCAACUUCCCAGUUCUCCAUGACUGGAAAUGACGUUCGUUCAAGCACAACUGAGAAGAAUGUUCCUGCUAAUGAGUUGACCACCCCGGCACCUUGUGUAGAAAUAACAGCAGCUCAGAAUGAAAGUUGUGUUGAAGUACUUCUACAAGGCGGGCGACAAUUAUGUUAUAAUACCACCAUUUCCUUCCAAUGUUGUCAGAUUUGUCUUAGAUUACGAGAUAAUAACAAAGCAGUCUGUCCUUACGGGGAUCGUAGUAGAGAUUGUCGUGACAGAAUAGAUGCUGGUGAGCCGUGUGACAGAUUAGGGGAAGAAUGCUGUCACAGCUGUACUGUUAAUAGUGGACGAAGAACUAGUGGUGAUUCUAUAUUAACUCUCUCUUUAGUGGUAUUAAUAGCAGUAUUCUGCACGUCAAAUUACAACUUAUAAUUUAAUGUUUUAACAUUAAAAUCGUUUCGUAAAAAGAGAUUGGUCAAAGUUUGUUGCUAGUAAGAGGGCGUUGGAAAAGGUGAAGUUUAUUUUAAAAAGUAAAAUGGUGACCUUGAUAACAAAUUAUUACUUGCUUGAAUACAGUAAGAGAAUAUUCUUCGAAACGUUGCAAAAAUAAAUUAGUAAUUGUUCUUCAAUAAGCAUGUGUUAUAGUUUAUAACUAAUUUAUCUGUGAUAAACGCAUGAAUUUGUUGUUGUGUACAUUUCGUAGACUUAGAGCAUUCGAUUUCAAGAUGUUAAGUUGUGAUUUUUAUUAAGGAAUUUUUAAUACCAGUCCCAAAUAAUUUGAAUAAGUUCCCAAGAAAAUGUUUGGUCGUCGUGUUCUACAUUAAUUAGUCCCUUUCCUUGUUGUUCGUUUUGUCAGUCAGUCAGGUUGACUAAAAUCACCGCUGGAUCGGAAUCAAACAUAUCAUUUCCAUUAAUAAAUGUAUAUUAGUAAUGUUUUUCAAUUUCAACGCAUCAAUAAAAGUAUAUUAGUAAUGUUUUUUAAUUUUAACGCAUUAAUAAUGUUUUUCAAUUUCUCAACAUAUAACUCUCUAGGUGGGGUUAUUUUUAUUCCGUUAUAUUGUCAAAAUUUUAUUCAUCCAUUUUUAUAUUCAUCCAUUUAAUAUUUUAUUCACCCCUUCAAUCAUUCCGUUGCAUUGUAAGUACAAUUCAUUUAGAUUUUGACAAUGAGCAUUAAAGUGUUCUCUGCCUUCAAUUAAAAACAAAAUCACAUUUUAGUGACAUUUUAAUGAAACAUUUGUAUCUGAUUUUAGGUCUUCAUUUAAAACAAAAUCACAUUUUAAUGAAAAUUUUAAUGAAAAAUUGGAACCUGACUUUUAAAGUGUUAUUUUUGUUAAUUUUAUUAUUAUUAUUAUCAUUAUUAUUGUAUGAAACUCAUAACUAUUGUAAAUACGCAUGUACAUUAUUGUAAAUAGUUCAUAUCAUAAAGAUUAUUUAAAUAUUUCAUCGAACAAAUUAUUAUGCAAAUUAUUUUAAUAGAUGCCAUAAAUUAUAUUAAUAUAUACAUGGGAACCAACGAAAUGUUAUUUUAAAGUUGAAAAUAUUAAAGAGUCGAUAACACGCUGUGCUGGUGAAAUUAUUAAUGGUAAUCUAGUCAUUACAAAAUUAAAACAUGAUACCGCUGAAUAUGAUUCUGAAUCAUAUGGGUUGAAUGUUUGGAUAUUUUGCUACUCCGCGAAUCUAUUUACAUAGUCCAACCUCGUGGGUUUUCUCCGGGUCCUCCAGUUUCCUCCCACUGCUAAAGACCCCUGCAAGCGAAUUAUUGAAAUAAAAUUGAACCAUAUGUUAGUCCCGAAAUGACCUUGUUUGUGUCGGGUGGACGUUAAACCCCAUUUCUCUCCCUCUCUAUUUACACAGAAUAAAGUCAUUUUGUAAUUAAUUGAGAACACUUUGGUGAGUUCUGACCAAAUAGUUCUUAUUGCUAUUAAAAAAAAUAUAAACGAUUACCGAAAUCCAUUAUUGUAAUAUAGUGAUAAUACCGACGAAGGGCGGGAUGGUUUGUUUUUCAUAUAUGAAAAUAACUAAAGCGCUUAGAUUCAAUUUGGUUGAAUAUAAAUAAAGACAAACUGGCAGUCAUCCAAAAUGAAAGCCAUGCUGUGUUUCGUAUUUUACCUCUAAAGUUUUCCCACUGUGUUCUUACAUCUGAUUUAUGCUGAAUUUACCGACUUCGGAAAACAGUAGAUUUUCACUCUCGCAGUAGAAUAAGUGAAGCUGACGAGUGGAGUGAUAAAAAACCUGAUAUAAAUCAGACGAAAAUCGCAUGUGGUUAGCUUUAGAUAAAAAUUAAUGUGAUACAUUGAAUUAUAAUAUUCAAAUUGUAUAUGAUAUUGGUAUAAUGUAUAAUGUGAUACAUUGAAUUAUAAUAUACAAAAUGAUAUUUGUAUAAUGUAUAAUGUGAUGCAUUGAAUUAUAAUAUACACAUGAUAGGCCUAUUUGUAUAAUGUAUAACGUGCAUAAUUGAUAUGCACAAAAUAACAAUAAAUAUCGAAUAAUAAAAUUU